GCUCGGAGUCGGGGCGAAGUUGGCUAUCAUAGAAACCCUAAUAGAAACCUAGAUUUCGGAAUCGUCGGCAGCCGAGAUCACAACCAUGUCGAUGUCGAAGGGUUCGAAGAUGCUUCAGUACAUCAACUACAGGAUGCGCGUUACCAUCCAGGAUGGUCGCCAGCUCGUCGGCAAGUUCAUGGCGUUCGACCGUCACAUGAACCUUGUCCUCGGCGACUGCGAGGAGUUCCGGAAGCUCCCUCCCGCCAAGGGUGCCGCCAAGAAGGCCGAUGGAGACCGAGAGGACCGCCGCACCCUCGGCCUAGUUCUCCUCCGCGGCGAGGAGGUAGUUUCCAUGACCGUCGAGGGCCCCCCACCUCCCGACGAGUCCCGCGCGAAGGCCAACGCCGCGGCUGGCCUCGCUGGACCUGGGGUAGGCCGCGCCGCCGGCCGUGGCAUCCCCACGGCUCCCCUUAUCCAGGCACAGCCUGGUCUCGCUGGACCCGUCCGUGGCGUUGGCGGGCCAGCUCCUGGGAUGAUGCAGCCUCAGAUCUCGCGACCUUCUAUUCCUCAGCUAUCUGCGCCACCGAUCGCGUAUCCCCAAGUUCUCCGUCCGCCUGGCCCGGGGCAGGUUCCUGGUUUCCCAGGCCAGCCACAAGCAGUUGGCCAACGCCCACCUGGUGUCAUGCCCAUGCAGUUUGCUGCUAGGCCAGGAGGUCCACCCCCUCCAUUCCCUAUGCCCCCGCCUCAACUUGGUCAGAGGCCUCCAUUCCCAAUGCCUCCACCGGGUAUGCGGCCUGGUAUGCCUGCUCCUCUUCCCCCAAGGCCAGGUAUGCCGCCACCACCUGGUGGACAAGUCCCUAUGUUUGCUCCGCCAAGACCUGGAAUGCCGCCGCCACCACCACCGAACCAACAGCAAGGCCCAAGCCAGUAGUGAUUUGUGUCCUGGUAGGUAUCCUCAUCUUUUUGAUAUCCUUUGUUGGAUUUCUUACUUCAGCUCUAUCAGCUACUCCUACGGGGAAGGAAGGUAAACCUUAGGUUCGGAGUUAACGGUGUGCAAACCGAUAGGUAAUGUGUCUUACAUUCAAAACUAUGUCAUGUAACUGCAAGUCUUUCGUAUGCUACUGAUGCUUAACUAUGGAACCUUAUGUGCCACCUCUAUUUGCUCUCAGGGCUUUGUGAACUUUGACUUUCUAAAUAUCUUGCAUCCCAUAUUUCUAA